GAAGCGUUUUCUUUUAACAGUCCUUUCGUAUGAUAUUUUAUCACUGUCCUCUAUACCAUUCUCCUUUUUUGUAAGACAAUUACAUCGUCAUCUGGUGAAAGUUCCGUUUCCUUUCCCGUGGUACGACUUGCACAUUUAUAUUUGCAUACUUGCUUACAUUCGAAGGCAUAUUCAGUAAGAAAAAGGCAUUUGGUAUUUGUAAACAUCGGAUAAAGUUCAAUAUGACUGGUACAACUACCACAGAAAAGUCGGCUAAUAAUCCUUUGGAACAGUUUGUGCUACUUGCAAAAACUGCCAAAGGAGCAGCUGCUAUAGAACUUAUUAAACAAGCGGUAGAGACACCAGGUGUCCAUGUAUUCGGAGAAUUAUUAGAUAUGCCUAAUAUCAAAGAACUUGAAAAUGGUCCUUACGUUCAAUAUUGGAAUACUCUGAAUUUAUUUGCAUAUGGCACAUACAAAGAAUAUUUAGAGAACAAAGACAAAGUUCUAGAAUUGACUCCUACUCAAAAGAAAAAACUUCAGCAUCUAACAAUUGUAACAUUAGCUACAAAAUCUAGAUGCAUACCGUAUUCUGUAUUGUUGGAGGAAUUAGAUAUAAAAAAUGUUAGAGAUUUAGAGGAUUUAAUAAUAGAAGCAAUUUAUGCAGAUAUAAUACAUGGCAAAUUGGAUCAAAAAAAUUCACAAUUAGAAGUAGAUUAUGCUGGUUUAGGACGUGAUGUUAGACCUGCUGAUACAGGUGUAGUGGCUGAAACAUUAGCCGCUUGGGGUCAAGCUUGUGACACCGUAUUAGCAUGUAUCGAAGAACAAGUUACAAGAGCAAAUGUAGAAAAACAAAAGGCCACAUAUCACAAAGAAAGAAUACAAAGAGAUAUUGCUAACAUAAAAAAAUCACUUGCUGCACAAGCCGGAGGUGGUGGUGUGCAGGAAGCUGAUAUGGCAGGAGGUAGUUCAGGAUCGGGAGGAAGUGAAUCAAGUAGGGAAGCAUUAUCAGCUCCACCCGAUGCAAAGAAAAAGCAACAGAAGGUCAAAGGUAUUAAAGGAAGUGCGAUAGUCGAUGCCAAUUUCAAUUAAGAAGCACCAUUGCGAACGGAGAAAACGUUCAUUGCCAUAUUUUGGCAUAUCAUACAGAUACCAGAGGAAUUGAGUUUUCAUUAAUUUCAAACGAAAAUCUUGUGAAUACAAGUAAUGAAAAAUAGCAUUAUAAAUCACUGUUAUGUUUGUUUUAUGAUAGUAUUUGUUUAUAUGAAAAGUUUUGUUACAUUAAAGUUGCAAGUUUUUUUCUAAAUUGUCGUUUCUGUUAUAUUAUAUGUUGGAGUAAAACAAUAAUAUAUUGAUAUAAGAUGGGAAAAGGGAUAAUAUAAAAACGAAUUUAUAUUCACUUUAUUUAUUUAAGAUUGUAAUUCAAGUUAACAAUGCAUGGGGAUAUUAAGGUAGUUUAGAUAUCUUAAACGGAAGAAAGGAAAUCAAUAAAUGCAUUUACAAUAUUUGAGCUUAGAUUUUGAGUUGGUAUAAUUAUUAAAUUUUAUAUUUUAUCAUUAAUAUUUUCUACUAUAUAGAUUAAAUUUUUAUUUAGAGUUUUCUUUACAUUAGAAAAAUUAGCCGAUCAUUAUUAUUAAAAAAUUAUGUAAGAAUUCCCUGAUCAUAAAAUUCGUAGAUUCCUUAUUUCACUGCACAUUAGAUUAGUAUAAGAAAAGAGAGAGAGAGAGAGAGAGAGAGAGAGGGAGAGAGAGAAAGAGAGAGAGAAAGAGAGAGAGAGAAAAUUAAGAAAUAAUAACAAAGAGAAUUUAAUCGAUUAAAUCGUUGUAAACACAUGCAGGCAUUAAACUUAAUAUCGAAUUAAUAUUUGUUGUCAGCGAUUCGAAGCAGACAAAUGUAAAUCGUGCACAAUACCGUGUCACGAGCAUGGCAAACACAUUGUGAUCGUCCUCACAUCGAGACCUUACAAUAAUAAAUGAGAAAACGACGAACGAUUUUCUUACAAGAAAGAAGAAUAAGUACUUUUAUAACGAAUAAGCUUCCGAAUUUUGUAAAAACGUCUAGUAUGUAUUAAGAGUUUUUAGUCCAGACCAAAGAUUUUAUACUUUGCGUUAUAAGGUGUGAAUGAAUAACGAAGCAGGGUUCGACAAGUUUUAUAGGCAAGUCUAUUCAUAGUUGUUGCAAUAAAUUGCAUACAUAUUUAUUAUUGUAUCUGUGCCUAUACACAAAAAUACUGUCAUUACUGUAUGACAGUAGAAUACAGCGUGAUAAGUUGCUUAAAUGUGUCUCAUACAAUAUUUAUAGUUUUUUUUUUUUCCAUCGUUUGUGUUAUCUUGUUGUCUUUUUAUUUUCACCCUAUAAAAACGAUGAAAUAACGUAGAUACGAGAGAGAGAGAACAAAAUAUAAUAACUGAAGUGAUAAAGUGUAACUAGUCGGAUCGACCGUUGUUAUUAAAGAAAGAAAAAAAGAAAAGAGAAAAGGAAAAGUUGUGUGUUUAGGAGGAUGUAAACGGUAUACGAACGAUACGUUGCUUAGUGAACAAGAAAUGUCAGUUGAAUUACAAAGCGUUGUAAUUGCUAAUGGAAUAAAAAGAUAAUUUAUUUUA